CCCAUCAUGCACCCGGGCCCCGGGUGCCGGGCUCAGGCUGAGGUCUGAGACCCCAGCCCACCCCCGGGAACCGGGAGGGGUCGGACAUGAGGAGCAGAGCGCAGGGGUACUUCUGCGCUCCUGGCCCACCGCGGAGGUCGCAGACCCCCUAUCAUUUAGCAGGCCUCUCGGGCCUGUGCUUAGCACCGCCACAUCAGGCCUAAUAUGGCCGCUCGUGCCGGGGAGCGGCGUGGUGCGCAGAGAGCCGGGCCGAGGUCCGAGGCCAGGGACUGCUCCCGGCAUUCCUCGCGGGCGUGGCGUAGGCUCCCCUCGCCAUCUCCAGGUCUCGCGAAAAGGAGACCCUCGGGCUUUGAGGUGAGACCCGAGGCUCCGCGGGCCUGGCCCGGUGCUGUGGCGAAGGGCGGUGUCGCUGCCGGAAGUGAGCCACAGGCCACCGGGGUAGCAAGGUAGCAUGACCCAGGCCUUGAUUGAAGUGGAGCGAAAAUUCGUUCCUGGGCCUGACACAGAGGAUCGGCUGCAGGAGUUGGGGGGCACCCUGGAGCACCGCGUCACCUUCCGCGACAGCUACUACGACACCCCUGAGCUGAGCCUCAUGCGGGCUGACCACUGGCUGCGACAGCGCGAGGGUAGUGGAUGGGAGCUCAAAUGUCCUGGAAGGCCAGGUGUCUCGGGACCCCACACUGAGUAUGUGGAACUCAUAGUUGAGUCUGCCAUUGUGGCCCAGCUCUGUGAGGUACUAGGCACUGAGGUCCUGGGGGCUGGAGGUGUGGCUGCUGUCCUGGGCCCACUGAAGCUGCAGGAAGUAGCUAGUUUUGUGACUAAGCGUAGUGCCUGGAAGCUGGUGCUAUCUGGAGCUGAGGAAGAGGAGCCUCCACUCAGGGUGGACCUGGAUACAGCCGACUUUGGCUACACAGUGGGUGAGGUAGAGGCCCUGGUGCAUGAGGAGGCUGAGAUCCCAGCUGCCCUAGAGAAGAUCCACAGCCUCAGCAGCAUGCUUGGUGUGCCAGUACAGGAGAAAGCACCUGCCAAGCUGAUCGUGUACCUACAGCGCUUCCGGCCUCAGGACUAUCAGCACCUGCUAGAAGUACUCAGCCCCAGCAAGAAGCCACAGGGGACUAAAGCUCCUGACAGCAGCCUGGGCUAGGGUGUCACUUCCUCAGCAGGGAAGAGAACUCUGGGUUUAAUAGGGUUCUUUUCUGGGCUCACUAUGCCUCCUUCCCUGGCCUUCUUCCCCAGUGGCUCCUCUCUCUUCAGCUCUGCCUGUUUUCACUUUACUCUCAGUUAUCCUUCCUUGAGCCCUCCCUGGCUGCCUCCUCUCCCUCAUCCGUCAGACACAAUCUGUGGGCCGCCCCUCUCCCCUGGCCGCUAAGCAGCCUCCAUUGAUUUCCGCUCGUGUUUAUAGGAUUUCCACUUAGCCGUGAUCAGUAGUUAAGCACAGGAAAAUCCCUUGCCACCCCACCUCCCUUGGUCGAUGCCAUUGAUUCUGCCAGCAGCUCCUAAACCGCCUUACAGCUGAGUUAGAGAUGAGGGGAGGCAGCAGGGAUUUCCCUGCCUUGGGGUGCAGGGAGUAGCAGCGGGUUGGGGAAGUGGGUGGAAUCCCUGUUAGAAAUCUGUAAGUCCUGGUUUUACUUUGCUACUGUGCCCUACUCAGGUCCAAAUGGUAGAGUGCUUCCUUUGGAGGUUUAGAGGCAAAUUUGCUCCCCAACCUGGAGAGGGUAGAAAUGACCCUCCUUUGUUGAAACAGGAUCAAGGGAAAAUACAGACUUCAAGAUAAA